CCUAACCUAACCCACCUGUCAGUGCCCCAUGACCACCUCCCGCACCGAGCUCCCUCCUCACGCUCCGCCGCAACCCCUCGCCUCCUCCGGUGGUCGCUGACGGGUGACCCUCCCUCCGGUUCCCGCCACUACGCGCCAUUUUCCCCACCCACCCGCCCGCCUACCCGUCCUUCCCCCGAACAAUUCCCCCGCAAACGGCAAAACCCUAAACCCAGGGAGCGAGGGAAAAAGCAACCAUUCCCUUGGCUUCCCCUCUGCAAUGGCAUCGUCGGCGUCGCGCCGCCUCAGCAACGGCCGCUCGCCGCUCGUGCGGAAGCAGAGCCAGAUCACCGCCUUCUUCUCCUCCUCCUCCUCCCCCUCCCCUUCCCCCUCCCCGGCCGCACCGAACCCCGGCACGUCCAAGCCCUCGCCGUCGCCGCUGAACCCUGCGACGAAGAGGAGGCCCCCGCUCGCCGUGCCCUCCCCUUGCGCUCCCAAGCCGCCUUCCCUUAAUGAAGGGAAGAAGAAGAAGGAGAAGGAUAAAAAGGGGGAGCGUGCCGCCUCGGCUGUGGCUGCGCCUGCGGCGGAGGUGGUGGGGAGGCGGCUGCGGGUGUUCUGGCCGCUGGAUGACGCGUGGUACGAGGGGAGGGUGGAGGCCUACGACGGGGGCUCCCGCAGGCACCGCGUGAAGUACGACGACGGCGACGAGGAGGAGGUCGACCUUGGGAAGGAAAAGUUCGAGUGGGCCGCCAGUGAGGAGUCCACGCUACCUUUGCAGCCGGCGAGGAAGCUGCGGCGUCUCCGGCGGAUGUCUGAUACCGCAGUGGAGAAAUCGCCGGUUGUGGCAGAGGAGGGUGAGGAUGAGACUGGGGAUUCCACUGAGGACGAGGACUGGAAGAAGGAUGCUGCCACGGAGGAUGAUUCUGAUGAGGUGGAGCUGGAUGAUGAAGAGGAUGAGGAGGUUGUCGCGGUGAGAUCGCGAAAGGGAAAGUUGAGGAACUCCUUGCCAAUUUCAGGUUCAGCGCGGUCGACAUUGGGUUCCGGUUUGACAUCAGCGUCAGGGUCAACAAUUUCGAAAAAGAGGAAAAAGGUGGACGUGGGCACAUUGGACUGUGCUAAAAAGUUCAGCUUUGAAACAGUUAAUACCACUGGAAAAGUUGAAUCAGAAGUGCCAAUGAGCUGUGAACGGAGGAAGCAAACUACAGAGAAGGUUCCCACUACUCUUACUGGAGAGGCUGCUGAGCGCUUUGGACAGCGGGAUGCAGAAAAGUUCAAAUUCCUUGGAGAAUGGCGCAAAGAUGCAAAAGGCAGGCGUCCUGAAAACCCUGGAUAUGAUCCAAGAACCCUUUUCUUGCCUUUCCAGUUCUUGAAGAAUUUGACAGGUGGACAGAGGCAAUGGUGGGAGUUUAAAUCGCAGCACAUGGAUAAAGUUCUGUUCUUCAAGAUGGGAAAAUUCUACGAAUUAUUUGAGAUGGAUGCACAUGUUGGGGCAAAGGAGCUUGAUCUUCAGUACAUGAAGGGAGAACAACCUCACUGUGGAUUCCCGGAGAAGAAUUUAUCAGUAAAUCUGGAGAAAUUAGCUAAGAAGGGUUAUCGAGUUCUGGUUGUGGAGCAGACUGAAACACCAGAUCAGCUUGAACUUCGACGUAAGGAGAUGGGUAUAAAAGACAAGGUUGUGAGGCGUGAAAUAUGUGCAGUAGUCACAAAAGGAACACUGACAGAAGGAGAGUCCCUGCUGACGAACCCCGAUCCGUCAUAUCUCCUAUCUGUGACUGAAAGUUAUCAACAUAGUUCAAAGAAAAGUCAAGACGCUUGUACUGUUGGUGUUUGCAUAGUUGAUGUUUCUACAUGCAAAUUUAUUGUAGGACAGUUCCAAGAUGAUCCUGAGCGCCAUGGGUUAUGUUCGAUCUUGUCUGAAAUGAGGCCUGUAGAAAUCAUCAAGCCGGCUAAUAUGCUGAGUCCAGAAACUGAGAAGGCAUUAAAGAACAACACAAGGGAGCCUUUAAUAAAUGAGUUGCUUCCAUCCAUGGAAUUCUGGGAUGCAGAAAAGACUAUUCAUGAGAUAAAGCAGUACUACAGCUCAGCAGAAAAACCAAACACUGUUGAUGAUGCACAAAACAGUGUGGGCUGUCUACCUAACCUAUUAAGCGAGCUAAUUGGAGCAGGUGAUAGGACAUAUGGACUUUCUGCUCUUGGAGGUUGUUUAUUUUAUUUAAGGCAAACCCUUCUGGAUGAGAAAAUACUACCAUGUGCUGAAUUUGAGCACCUUGCAUGCUCGGGGCUCAUCAACAAUAUUCGAAAGAAUAUGAUACUUGAUGCAGCAGCGCUGGAAAAUCUAGAGAUGUUAGAAAAUCUCAGAACUGGUGGUCUGUCAGGGACCCUGUAUGCACAAUUGAAUCAUUGUGUUACUGGAUUUGGAAAGAGGCUGCUUAAACGCUGGAUUGCGAGUCCAUUGUAUGAUCGCAGAGCAAUACUACAACGUCAAAGUGCUAUAGCUACUUUCAAGGGAGCUGGCCAUGAAUAUGCUGUCAAGUUUCGUAAGGAUUUGUCUAGGCUCCCUGAUAUGGAGCGUCUGCUUGCACGCCUUUUUUCUAGCUGUGAUGAAAGCAGGAGAAGUUCAGCAGUUGUUCUUUAUGAAGAUGCAUCAAAGAGACUGCUUCAACAGUUCACAUCUGCUCUUCGUGGUUGCCAGCAGAUGUUCCAAGCAUGUUCUUCUAUUAGCAUGUUGAUAUGCACAGAGGGAUCUCAACUAAAUGAUUUGCUCUCACUAGGCACAGGGCUACUGAAUGUAUCAUCUAUUUUAGAUUGCUUCAGAGAUGCAUUUGAUUGGUCAGAAGCAGACCGUAAUGGUCGGAUCAUACCUCGUGAAGGUUGUGAUCCUGAAUAUGAUGCCACUAGCCAUGCAAUAGAGGAGAUUGAAUCCAGUCUAAAAGAAUACCUGAAGGAGCAACAGAAGCUGUUGAGACAUGCAUCGGUUAAUUAUGUUAAUGUUGGAAAGGAUAUUUACCUCAUUGAAGUGCCUGAGAGCCUGGGAGGUUCUGUUCCUGGAAACUAUGAGUUGCAGUCUACAAAAAAGGGUUUCUACCGGUACUGGACACCAGAAGUGAAAGAACUAAUAUCAGAACUUUCGAAGGCUGAGGCAGAGAAAGAAUCAAAAUUGAAAGGCAUUCUUCAGAAGCUGAUUCAGCUAUUUGUUGAGCAUCAUAGCGAGUGGAGACAAUUGGUUUCUGUUGUUGCUGAGAUUGAUGUCUUGAUAAGUCUUGCUAUUGCGAGUGAUUAUUUCGAGGGACCAAGAUGCCGUCCAACUAUCAAAGAAUCAAAUGGCCCAGAUGAUACUCCUACUUUCCAUGCAAGAAAUCUUGGGCAUCCCAUUCUACGAAGUGAUUCCUUAGGCAAGGGUUCUUUUGUACCAAAUGAUGUUAAGAUAGGUGGGCAAGGGAACGCCAGCUUUAUUGUUCUUACUGGUCCAAAUAUGGGUGGUAAAUCAACUCUUUUACGCCAAGUUUGUCUUACUAUUAUAUUGGCACAGAUUGGAGCAGAUGUUCCUGCAGAAAGCCUUGAGCUUUCUCUUGUUGACCGUAUAUUUGUUCGCAUGGGAGCAAGGGAUCAUAUUAUGGCUGGCCAAAGUACAUUCUUGGUGGAGCUCAUGGAGACUGCUUCUAUGCUUUCAUCGGCUACCAAGAAUUCUCUUGUGGCUUUAGAUGAGCUUGGACGGGGUACAUCAACUUCUGAUGGACAAGCUAUCGCGGCAUCUGUUCUAGAAUAUCUUGUUCAUCAUGUGCAAUGUCUAGGCUUGUUUUCUACGCACUACCAUAGGUUAGCAAUGGAACAUAAGGAUACCAAGGUAUCACUUUGUCAUAUGGCAUGCGAGGUAGGAGUGGGAGGAGGAGGAAUGGAAGAAGUGACUUUCCUUUAUAGAUUAGCACCUGGUUCAUGCCCCAAAAGCUAUGGUGUAAAUGUUGCUCGAUUGGCAGGAAUACCUGCUUCAGUGCUUCGAAGGGCUAAUGAGAAGUCAAGUGACUUUGAGGCCAAAUAUGGGAAGCCAUUCCGUAUGACUCAAGAUAAGCUUGUCAGUGCACAGAGUGAGGAUACAUUAUCUGCCAUUAGGGAUUUGUUCCGUGUUGUGAGGGCAUGGCCUCGUCAUGAAGAUCAGGCAGCAAGCUUAAGUAUGCUCCGUGAAGUACAGAAGCGAGCCAAGAUGCAGGCUGUCGAAGGUUAAGCGAUUACAUGACCCGAACGCUUAAUGGAGAUUGCCUCAUUUUGCUACCUUGGUGGAUUUUUUGGAUUGGCUUCCUGUUGAGAGUGCUGUCUUGGCGUAUGUUUAGUAAGCACAAUUGUGGAAUCGUCAAGGUUCAAGCCCAUAUGAAGAACUGGGUAAAGAUUCAUGGAUUGACCAUGGAUUGAGACGAUUCAACAUUUGUAGAACUUGCUAUCGCUAACAACAAUUUUGUGUGCUCUCUAGUUCACCUACCAAAAAGCUCAAGGAGGAUCACCUGUCCGGAUAGUUUUCCGAGCUCAGGAGCAUGUUUAGUUUCGUGCUGACCGGCUGAAUGAUUAUUGAGUAAAGUUAUUGCUCCAAUUAAUAUGAGCUCUGCAAAAACAUUCCCGGAUUGUAAUUAGAGUAGAUAGCUACAUGAAUGUUGUUUAUGGUUACUGGAAAAUAGAAACCAUUAAAUAUUGUAAUUUGCAAGCCAA